AUGUCUCUUCCUCAAUCUUUCAUUAACAAGAAAAAGCUUAUAUUAAGCAAACUUGCUGUCCCCACAGACGAGUACGAUGAUCUAUCACCCAAAGGCUCCGUAGACGAAGGCAUCCGGGAAUUAAUCGAUGAAAUUAAUUCUCUGGCAGGUUGCGUCACGACUAGUAGUUGCGCUGGGCGAGUGAGCGUAUUCUUGGAGGGAAAGAAGAACUUUGGAGAAGAGAACAGGAAACAGGUGCAGGAUGAAUCGGGGGUUGAUUAUACUCCAGAUGUGAGAGCUGAGAAAACUGCGGGAUUUGGAGGGAAAGGAGGUGGGGGAAGAUGGUUAUAUGUAUCUCACGAAGCGAUAGAUGAUGAGGUACUAGGCAAGCGGGAAGCUGGAGGGUCUCUCUGCGAGUUGCUGGGUAUGAAGGUCGAUGAUUGUGAUACCGCAUCUACUCUUGCCGAGAGCAAGACCACGGAAUUACGGCAUAUCCAUUUCAAAUUCGAGCCGAUGAUUCUCCAUGUUCUCACAGCAUCCUUAGAGCAAGCGCAAAAAGUCUUAUCAGCUGCGCUACAAGCCGGUUUUCGGGAAAGUGGUGCAUUGAACCUGAUCUCUACUACCUCGGAGCCAGCAACUCCUAUGGUAGGAAUAAGAUGCAUGGGCCUCACGCUCGAAUCAAUAAUUGGUGUAUAUCAUGAGAUACUUGAUCAGGGGGUUUGCCUUGUUGAUAACGAACAGCUUGGUACAUUGAUGAGAAUUUCGAUUGAGAGAUUUGAGGAGAACACAAAGAGGAUUGCGAGGUUUAGAGUAUUACUAGAAGAGGCCAUGAAUCCCGUGGAGAAGAAGAGGAUGGGAGAAAAUGGAGAGGAUUGGGAGGAUCCUCAACUUAGAAAGGAGCGAAAACGUGCGGAGGGAUUGAGGAGAGCUCAAGAAUUGAAGGAGGAGAAAGAGAGGAGUGAAGAAAUGGGGAAUCAGGACUCCGAGAAGUUUCCACUAGAUCUAACAUCAGCAGACUGUAGUGAAAUCAAAAUCUGA